GACGUCACCUGCGCCCCCGCUUUGCUGCGCUUGCGGCUCGCUCCCCCACAUCAUCUUCCAGCGUCCGCGUCGCACGGGCGCGUUGCGCAGAGGCGGAGGAAGACGUGUCCUCGUGCGCGACACGGGGAGCGUGCCACCGGUCCUGGGCUACCCCGCGGGGCUGGCUGUGUCCCAAGAAGGCAAGUUCGGACAGGGAGGACGCCAGGUCGGCGAACGGAGGGCGGACAGGCGCUGUGGACGAGCGGUCGACGCGAAGAGAUGAUGUCACCCCUGGCUACUGUUGCGCACGGGCCGAUCCCUCGAUUGCCAGCCGAUCAGAUUCACUCUGCCUCGCAGACAUGGCGCAUGACAUCACCGCGCGUGUCACCCUGCCCGCGCCGCUUGCGAGACAUUCAGAAAGAAUCUGAGAUCCAGCUCUACCUCUCCAGAAGUGUCCCCGUCCGACGUCGCGAGCCAGUGCGUCUUCUCCGGCAACCGACGAGCGGCCACAGAACCGCCCUCGCGCUAGCGUCCGACCAGACAGACACCGGCCCGCGCACGUACAGUAUGAUGGGUCCGCCCCGCUUGUUGUACCCCGAAUCUCGAGAUGUGACGGAGAUCUCGCAGGUCUAUCGAGACGGCGAUGUGCCAAGCGUGGCUAACAAGGCGAAACACACCCCGCUCCACCUGUCUUCCCAACUUAUUGACCAACCCGCCCCACAACUCUUCCUAUGUUCGGGCUCCACAAGAUCCCAUCGCCCACCACCGCGUCCUCUGCCCGUCCACCUGAGCAUUUGUCACCCGCCUCUGCGCAUUAAUAUUCCGGGGGGCACCGGACACUGCCCUCAUCGCUCUAUGACAUGCGCACGCACCCGGCCUCGCUUGCACAAUUAUAUCCUCGGGUAUUCAAUUCAAAAACAUCCCAGAAGACAAGCUUGCAAUCUUCGCAGGCUGUGACAUAGCGGCUGCGCAGAGCCCCUUGCGACGUGGCCACGAGGCGGGAGUGUCCGCCGUGUGCUUCUCUGUUCAACAGUCCUGAGCUU